AUGGUGGAGGUGUUGGUUGAGGCAGUGGAGGGGAUGGGGGUGGUGGAGGGAGUGGUGGCGGGGGUGGCGGCGGCGGUGGCAGCAGUGGCGGCGGAGGAGGCGGCGGUGGUGGCGGAGGGAGCGGAGGCGGCGGAGGUGGCGGAGGCGGCGGAGGUGGUGGAGGCAGCAGAGGUGGCAGCGGCGGCAGCGGUGGAGCUGGUCGCGACUCUGCGCAGAGGAGUGGGUCCGGUGGUGUGUCCCACGUAG